UUUUGUGCUCCUGUGUGCGUUUUGCCCUGGAGGUGAACUUUAUCAUCCGCUCACUAACAGCCGCAGCAGGUACAGAUGAUGAUCCGCCUUACGUGAGCGCGAAUUUAAUGAGAAAUUCAGAUCUCUGAACUCUGAAGACACUCCGGGUUUAUCUGUGGCAGCGUUUAUGUUUUAUUUCGGGUAACUCACGAAGUUAACCGGCUAACGCUGAUGCUGUCUAACUAGCCUUGCCAGAAAGUUCCGUCCACCCGGCAGCUGAAGUGUUAAAAGUAACUGUGGGCUGUGAAGAAAUGUUCUUAGACCGUCACAGUAAAUAUAAAACAUGGACUUUCUUAAGCUAACAGCAGUGACAGUCACCUCCAUCGAUCCCUGACAUACUUCAACAUCAGUUUUAAUUAAUCCAUUGUGGCUGAACCUAACCGGCUUUAAAACGGCAGCGGGGGAGAAACUGGACUCGUCCGGCUCAGCAUCUGGCUCAAAGAUGGAGUUGGCGGCGGCUCACCCAGCUCUCAAAGCCUUUAUGUGUGGCUCCCUCAGCGGUACCUGCUCUACACUGCUCUUCCAGCCCUUGGAUCUGGUCAAGACACGGCUGCAGACCCUGCAGAACAAUGCCAAACCCGGUGCACCUAAGGUAGGGAUGUUUGCUGUUUUCAUCAAUGUUAUUAGGACAGAGAAGUUCUUCAGUCUGUGGAAAGGUGUUUCACCGUCAUUUGUGCGCUGCAUUCCCGGGGUCGGUAUCUACUUCAGCACCUUCUAUUCCCUGAAGCAGCACUUCUUCCUGGACCGAGCACCCAACGCUGGCGAGGCUGUUCUGCUGGGAGCGGGCGCCAGAGCUGUGGCUGGAGUCUGCAUGUUACCAUUCACGGUUAUUAAGACGCGCUUCGAGAGUGGCUGUUACAACUAUGCGAGCGUGCCUGGAGCUCUGAGGAGUAUGUAUGAGAUGGAGGGAAUCAGGGCUCUGUUUUCUGGGCUGACUGCCACGCUGCUUCGAGACGCUCCUUUCUCCGGCAUCUACGUCAUGUUUUACAGCCAGGCCAAGAGAGCGCUGCCUCAAGAGGUGACAUCAGCACCCUAUGCCCCGCUGGUGAACUUCGGCUGUGGGGUGGUAGCGGGUGUGAUGGCAUCACUGGCAACGCAGCCCGCAGAUGUGGUGAAGACUCACAUUCAAGUCAGACCAUCCCACUGUAGCACAGCAUGUGCUGUUCGCCACAUCUACAUGGAACACGGCAUGGCUGGGUUUUUUCGUGGUGCUGUGCCCAGGUCUCUUCGACGCACUCUCAUGGCUGCCAUGGCUUGGACUGUCUAUGAACAGCUGAUGGCUCGAAUGGGCCUCAAAUCCUGAAGAGCAAGAGCGUAGUGCAGCAAAGAAGGAGAAGAAAUAUAAGGAGAUAAUGCUGUAUUUUUUUUUUUUUUUUUUUUUUUACUGAAAGCCUCAUGCAAGAAGAAAAGGGAGCUGAGGAGCUUACAGGGUCAAUGAGCCAGCAGUACCAAGAUAUUAAGCAGAGGAAGCACGUGGAUAAAUGUCUGAAAAUGGAGAGUAUGAAUGUUGUGUAUGUGUGUUUGCUGUGUGUGAAACUGUGUUUGAGAUUGUGAUGUUACACCUGACGCACUCAUAUGUCAGUCUUGGACUGUAGUGACACUCCCUGCUGUGAAGUGAACUCAUCCCUCUUAAUAUUUAUGUUCCUGAGGUAUGGCUAGCACUCCGAAAACAGGGCCAGUAGGUCUUCUGGGUAACAGAGCUGCCUUUAACGAGGUGUUUGAAAAUGCCGUCAAGACAAACAGGACACUCAGCAAGCUGGCGUACUGUACAUCGGAUAAGGUAGCUAAAAAAAAAAA